UAAUGCACUAUUUGAUAUAUUUAGCUGCUGUUGUUACAUUUGCUAGUGGCAACUUGACAAGACUUUUCCUGUCCAUUCUUACUGUUUUUUUUUAAUAGUUCUUUAGUUUUUUGGGAUACUGAUACAGAUGGCUCAAAGGUGCUUCCAAAAUGAAUAUUUUGACAAUUUGCUGUAUGCUUGCAAACCCUGUUACCUUCGAUGUUCCAACACACCUCCUCUGGUGUGUCAGAGUUAUUGUAAUGCAAGUACUACCAGUUCCCUGAAAAUCACAGAUGUGAGUCUUUGGAUCUGCGUAGGUGUGGGAAUAAUUUCAUCUUUGACAAUUUUCUUGCUAAUACUUAUCCUGAAGAAAAUGAGCCCUGAGAGAUCAAAGGAUGAAUUGGAAAAUACAGAGCCAAAAGCCGAGCUACAGGAGAUUGCUAAAGUUGUUCUUGAUAGGAGUGAAAAUGAUGAAGCUGGAAUUCUCCCUAGAAGCAGUACAACUAUGACAUAUAUAGUAGAAGAAAGCAAGCGUAAAGACUGUAAUCUAGGCCAAGGAGUCAUAGCCUCAGAUAUAUCCUUCCCACUCCCAGCCAUAGAAGAAGGAGCAACUGUUCUUGUCACCACAAAAACAAAUGACUUUUGCAAGAGUUCACCAGGUUCCAUGAAUGACACUUUCAUGGGGAUAUGGAAAUCUAUUUUCACAACAUAAUGACCCAGUUUGACUGGGACAGUACCACUUGCAAAGUUUAUGUCAGUGAACUGAGUGAUGCAUCUCAUCCCUUUAUUAUAGUUGCUGUUAUCUGUCAUCAAUAUAACGCUAAGUUGUUUUUCUUUUUAGAAUCUCUUUCUUGAUUUAUUUCUCUGCCUUUUGGUUGGGAGACAACUAUAAAAAAACUCCUCCAUUUCACUAUUUUAUUCUCUGUUCACUAAGAAAAAGGAGUGAUGUGUCAGUUCCAAAGUUGUUGUUUUUAUAUUUACUCAAUAUUCACCUACAUAGUAGACAAAUAAACUGACCAUUUCAGGACAGGUUUAAAGUUUUAUUCAUUGCUAAAGGGAAUGAGGGAGUGAAAAAAUAGAAAAUGCCUAAAGUCAAUUAUUCAACAUUAUAUGAGGAUAGAAAUUUUUUUAAAAAGCUUUAGAUGGAGAGUUCAUACACACAUUAAUAAGGCAAAGUGAAAACAAAUGAAAAUACACUGAGGUUCAAGGGACUAUUAGAAUUAUGGCAGCCCAGUUAAGAUUGGUUUUUUUGUUUUGAGGUUUAGGAUGUAGGGAUCCUCUUUCUUUCAUCUGUAGAUCCCUUCAUUUAGGAAAGCAGUUUUAUCAUACAAUGAGAAGAUGAAAUCUUAUAUGGCAGCAAAUGUUUUAUUUAUCCCACCUUUAUGUUGUCUGCAAUGAAGCAGAAAUUGUCCACUGUGGUAAUUCAACAUAUUUUCAAAGUAAUUGUGAAAGUUUCCUGGCCAAGGAAUUAUCUAUUAAAAGUGUUUCCUGA